AGGCAAAUUGCUAAAUAUAUGUUUCAAAUUUCUUACGGAUGCCAUUUUUUAUAAAAUCUUUGCCUAAAACGAACGUAAUAACAACUCUAAAAGGUGUCACGUGACAAAGGACCUAAGAUAACAAGCACCAGCCUUGCCGAUUUCUCCUCGCCCGUUUCUUAUUCAAUUAUUAUCUCAAUUUUUGAAAGGAAGAUCAGCGCUUGGCUUUGGGCGUGACGUUAUCUUAGGACCAUCAUCGUUAUCCUGGGAUCUGUCUUAUUUCGGUGUCAGUAAAGACUAAAGAGCUUCCACAGACCACAAUCCACAUCAACAUCUUCGAGGAAUCCCAUUACAACUCAACUAAGAAGACCAAGACCACGGUCGGACGGGUAGAUCACACUUGUACAAGACUGUGCAGCGCACUAAAUCGCAAAAAUGCCCGUCCAAGGUUUUGAAUUCAAAGUGACUGAAAGGAAGCUCACUUGUCCUUUUAACCCAGCACAUCAAGUUACGGACAUGCAAAAACACCUGACCCGCUGCUCUUCGUACAAUAAGGAUGUGCGGGUAAAGCUAUGCCCCUUCAACGCCACACACUGGAUUAAGGAACCCGAAUUCCGCCACCACCUGGACCGGUGUCCCGAUAAGGCACCCAUUGACCGUGCCGUGCUCGCCAUGAAAGCAGGCGCCGAGGGCACCUCUGGCGAUCUAAGUAUGCCCGUCACCUGGAGCGCCCGCAACGAGGCCGUCGAGAACCAGGUGGAGGGCUGGGACAACGACGGCUCCGACGAGUGGGACGUGGAGGUGAGCCAGCUGCCGCGCCACAUGCGCCAGAAGUACGACCCCAAGGUGGCCACGCAGAACCGGGAGAUAUUCCGCGUGCCCACCGAGCACCGCGGCAAGUCGGCCAGAAACGAGUUCCGUCGACAGAACGUGGAGCGCGCGCAGGCCAUCCAGAACGGCAGCGAGGCGGGCUCGAUGGUGGGCGCCUCGUCGGCGGCGGCGCCGUCCGUGUCCUCAAUCGGCGCGCGCCGGAGACCCAUGAGCAACCCCAUCUGCUGCAACGGCAUGAACAUCAACCCCAACCUGGGCAUGGGCCGGGCGCGGCGUCCGGCGCCGGCGGCGCUGCCGGCCGCGCUGGUCGGCGAGCCGGCCGGCGGGGACGGGGCGCCGGCGGCCAGCGCGCGGCCGGCCGUCGUCGGACGCGGCCGCGGCGCCAUCAGCUCGCAGCUGAAGACGCCCGGCGUGCGUAUCGGCGCCGACGGAGACCGGUCGACGAGCGGCGCGUCCAACUAGCGCCGGCGGGCCGUGCCGCGGCACCAUCCCUCCGAGUGUCACACACGGGCGGACGGACUGUGAUCCCUGGAAAGGUCGGGGGCGGCCGGCUAGGUCCGUCGCUCCUUCUGACGAAGCCGGUUUAUUUGUACAAUUCCGACCAGUCUGCUCUGACAUCGCCCGGGGCGACGCUCAGCUCAGAGAUCGUGGGAGAGGCGCCACGCGACUCGUACGGUGCCGUCUAUUGUGUGCGCGCGGAGGGACGCCGCUGUGCGCUGUAACAGCAGGCGCUGGAGUAUUUGCCGACGCAAAGUAACUGCUAGUAUUUGCCGACGCAAUGUAACUACUAUGCUAUGUGGGAGAGCACUACCUCAUUGUUUCGUGAUUGGGCGGCGACGGUCUUGUAGUUAGGUUCCGAUACAGGGGUAGUGCGACUCCCUAAUCAAGAUAACACGUUUUAGCUUAAGACGUUUGGGGUAACGCGAUCGGACGAGAGACGCGCUGGUAACGCGACGUCACCCUGGGACCAUAGGUGGGGGCCGUAGAGUAGCCCUCGUGCAUGGGUGUUGUCACAGUGUCCAGUAUGAUUGCGCUACCGGUGUCAUACAUGCAUUAUUUUUGUAUCCAAGUGGCACAAGCGUUACUUGCAUCGUUUGUUACAUGGGACGCUGUUACACGGGAGAAUGUGCGGAGUUCACCCUGCACGCUUCUCUCUCUCUCUCUCUCUCUCUCUCUCUCUCUCUCUCUCUCUCUCUCUCUCUCUCUCUCUCUCUCUCUCUCUCUCUCUCUCUCUCUCUCUCUCGCUCUCGCUCUCGCUCUCGCUCUCGCUCUCGCUCUCGCUCUCGCUCUCGCUCUCGCUCUCGCUCUCGCUCUCGCUCUCGCUCUCGCUCUCGCUCUCGCUCUCGCUCUCGCUCUCUCUCUCUCUCUCUCUCUCUCCUCUCUCUCUCUCUCUCUCUCUCUCUCUCUCUCUCUCUCUCUCUCUCUCUCUCCCUCUCUCAUCAACCGCUACUAACUGACUCGAGGUAGGCUUCGGUGGUACCGGCGCACGUUAUUCAAGAGUUACACAUUUGAAGCAACGGCCGGGGGAAGCCUGAGCAUUGCGUUGCGUUACUCUGAUGUUUGUUGAGCUUUCACGGUGAGAGACAGCUCGGGGAACGUACAAAACGAUGUGAAACUGUAUGCCAUCAAUACUGAAGGCGCAUAGCCUUUCUUCUGUUCCCGAUUUUCACUGACAUCUACGUUCAACUUGCAAUUUGUAUUGUGUAACAAGUGCGCAGAUGAGUGGGAGACAGUCGUGCUACUGUGGCCGAACUGGCCGUGAGCAAUUACAAUCCUGUUCGCCUGUGCAGCUGCUGUGUACGAGCGGUCCGUUUGGUCGGCGUGUGAUAUGACCGGAACUCGCCAACUGUGGGCAGCGUGACGCACGUCCGGUCAGCGUGUGGCUACUGGCUGGGUAUCGGUAAUGGAGGUGGGCCGAUAAGCGUACCACGGCGCUGCCUAGUGCCUGUAUGUGUAAUUGUGUAUGCGCAUUAAUCGGACUAACUAUCAAAACGGCAGUUCAAGCCUCAAGGUGAUAACUUGACCCCUCUUUCAACAUAGACUGAUGAUCGAUAUGAGGUAAACAGCGCACAAUGUCGUAAGCGGUCGUAUUUCGACUAGUUUCUGUGUUCGUCCGCUCGGUCCCUCGAUCAGCUUUCUCCGCGCCAACCGUGGUGGUCGACCGCCGUUCGCUCGGCGCUGCGUCACGGUACGGCGGCGCGCCGGAGGCCACGCGUUUCUACUCCCGGCCAAUCACGCGUGGAAAGCCACUGUAAUCGCCCUCACGCACUGCUCACAGGUCAGUAGUGUCGUCUGGGCGCUUGUGCGAGAUGCGCCGGUAGGGGACCGCACCGUCGGCGGCAGCAGCUCACCUCGCUGCGAUUCCUCUCAUGUCCAUCACAAUCAUCGCUGCUCUUCACGGUACAAAAAUACACCUUAUUUUACCUGUA